GUGAGUACGGAGCACAUAUAUGCAUGAUUUAUCUCCUUAGCUACCAAGCUUCUUCCCUAUAAAUUGGAAUCUACCUUAGCCAAUAUGGCAAUAUCCAUCUCUUCUAAUAAAUAAACCACGAAUUGAAAACAUGAUGACGGCUCUUAACCUUCAUCAUAUCCAAUCUCUUUUCUUCUUCUUGUCCUUUCUUCCCUUAAUAGCCUUUUCAUUAAGACACUUCCCUUCACAGCCAGUAUUGGGCAGCGACGGGAAGGAGCUCAAGCUCGGGAAGCCAUACUACGUCUUCUCCACCCUCUUCCCCAAGGCACACGGGUUAUGCCUCGUGGACAACGCCGACUGCCCCGAUGAUGUCAUCGAGUGCCCCUCCUUCUACACUAACCUCAUCGGCCUGCCCAUCACCAUCUCUCCCCUCAGCCCGAGCGAGGACACCAUCGUCCGAGAAGAUACUCCAUACCACAUCAGCUUCCCCUCUGCCGUUAGCCAAAACUGCAGCGAUGAAAAUCUCUGGUACAUAAAAGAAGAUGAGAUCCCAAACAAGGAAUUCGUGGCAAUAGGCCCCGAGAGUCAAGCGGAGGAAUUUAAGUUCCAGAAAGUUUUGGGCGGGUACAAGAUCUCAUACUGUGUGCUGAUUCCGAUUCCGCCCACGCCCGUUUGUUACGGAAUCGGGUUGAUACCGCAAAACGGGUAUAACCGUUUGGGUAUCGGGCUGGGUGUCAAUCUGACCCAGUUUUACUUUACUAAUAAUGUUACACACGUACACAACCAUCACCAGGCUCCAGCCCUUCCCGAAGUGGUCAACAACAAGCUACCCAGUAAUCAUCAAGAUAGCUAGCUAAUUAAGCUACAAUUAAUAACAUAUAAGUAAUAUAUAUACGUUGAUCGAGUUAGUUAUUAUCGAAUUUGUGGCGUGUUUAUUUGAAGUUUGCUUUUUGAUUUUUAAACAUGCAGCAUACAAUAAUAAUUUGUUUAAUUUAUUGUUCACCUUUCGCUUUGUACUAGCGUACUACUAUACGUAAAUUGUAUCAGCUGGUUUUGUUAUAUUUCUUUUGGAUUUGGAUUUUGGAACCUUUAUAAUGUAACGACGUACCAUCAUUCACAGUUAAUUUUAUAAAUUAAAAGAGACGACUUCUUAUAUUGUGGUUUUAUUUAUGUACAAGUGUAAUGAGGUUUAUGUAUGCUAGUUUGACCGGUUCAAUGGAAUUUAGACUUUCGUAUGAUGAAAACCAAUUCGAG